AAAAAAUUUCUGUCUGCUUUUCAUAACGAUAGUCCGCAAUUUAUGAGAGCCCUAUAAUCGUACAACGUUGAUAGCGAGGCAUUCAUUUUGGACAACGCCCUUACAGGAGUUUGUCCUUGCUAGUUGUCGAUUGAUAAAGGUUCUUGAUGGCAGAAGAGCAGGCUAACGUGAUUGCGACCAUAACGGAAAACCGUGCUGGCAUUGUUAUCACUUUCACAAAUUUCGUCCAACGUGACUUGAGACUGGAAUGCAAUGUUGACGGAAGAUUACUACCGGAUCACGGGUUUCAUAUUGAACCCGACGAUAGAAUUCGUUUGGAGUUCAGGACUCUGGACGGCAAUAUGCAAACUCAAUACGAAUAUCGGAACGUCGCCGUCGCAGGUCAGCAAAUAUUGCGACAUUCUCCAUUUCCGAUCCCAGUUGCCGUGAUAAGAAGAGACAGUUACCAUCUAAUGAGAUUUAGUAUCCUCAUUAACGACGUGGAAAUCAACGGCGGCCCUGUCCAGCUGCGCCCACUCGGAGAACAAAACAGAUUACUGGGCGGCGAUCACAAUUUCUUUAUUGAAAAUUUCCAAAGCACGAAUGCAUUCUUUGGAUCAACUUGCCAAAGUGUGGCUCCGUCGAAUCAAAUGAUUCCAGACGAGGAUGGAAAUGCGAGUGGUUGGUCGGGGGGUUCGGGUUCAAUACGACCUCCUUAAAAGACUUUUUUUAUCUGCCUACAUCAACGUUAUACAAGGAGAUUUCCUGUUAUACAAGACCAGUCUAAUGUACGCCUCUGGAUUGGUGACGGCUUCCGGUAUUAACUCUUGUUUUUGUCUCACCACUAACUUCAUGAUAUGUUUCCUUUGAUUCUGUAAACACAGAAUCGAAGGAAACAUAUCAUGAAAUUAGUGGCGAGGCUACCGAACUUCUUUUCGUGCAAGAUUUCUUGCAUUUGCAUAAUGUAUACAAUGCGUUCAUACAAAGUUGAUGGCACCGUGGGGUGAUCUGGUGCCAUCAACUUUGUAUGAGCACAUUUUAUAUUAUACAAAUACAAGGAAGUCUGCACAGAGUUGCUAAUUUAACAAGAGCUAUUUGAGUGAAGCCUUCACCAAUCCAAAGGCAUAUACUAUGCCAGUCUUUUAUAACAAGAAAUCCACUUGUAUAACGUUAAUGUAGACGCAAUCAACGAGUUACGUUGCUUUUGUAGUCUAUAUUAGACUAUUUAUUGAUUCAAUGCUCAAUCUAGAAGCGUUCAAAGUGUAUUUCCUCGUUUUAGUGGAUAUACUUGUUGAUAUUAUCUAUUGUCUAUUUGAUCAAUCUUACCUACGUCUUUUAUAUUGUCUCUUUUGUCAUUUCUAUACCAAAAUCUAUUUUUGUAUCAAUUUAUUUUUAUUAUUAAUUUGUGCUGCUAUUUAUUAUUGUAUCUUUUUUACUGUCUUUCUA